AUGAUCAGCGUGGGAUCAGGGCAAUUUUAUUCUUGGGAUAGCAUUUGGGAUCUGACCUUGUUUCAUUCUGCUCUGCUUCUACGGUUGGAACUCUACAAGGAUGGCCUUGGUCUCUGGAAUUUCUGGAUUAAUCACAGGAGCCUUCUGCUAUUCUGUGGGUAUGAGGAGGAGAUUUUCUAUUCUGUGGUUGUGAGGAUGUGCACUAUCUUAUUCUGUGGUUCUAGCUGGACUCUCAUCUUCUUUGCUCCUCUGAGGAUCUUCUUGACGUUGUUGGAUAUUCGUCUUCUCCUAUGGACUCAUAAUCUGGAUGGUUACGAGAAUGGGGAUCAUUAUUUUGAUCCUCAUUUUUGGCAUGUUCAUCUCUUUGUCUGUUCUUCGUCAGUUGGACAAGAAGGCCCUCAGGCAGAGUUUUUCUAUUCAUCUACUUUAUCAGAAAGGCGGAUGAACCUUUCCUUUCAACUGCCUUAUCUGAUGGCUCUUAACCUGCCUUAUCUGAUGGCCAUUCAUCUGCCUUUAGCUUGUAUUUAA